AUGUCUUCUUGGGAAGUUCGAAGGUUAUCGUGGUUGACCAAAGAGCCAUUAACCCAUUUUUGCUUUUCUUUUAUUCCCUCCAAAAACAUAUUCUUUUAUUCCCUCCGAAAACGUGUUCUUUUAUUCCCUCCGAAAACAUAUUCUUUUAUUCCCUCUGAAAACUUAUUCUUUUAUUCCCUCCGAAAACAUAUUCUUUUAUCCUCCGAAAACAUAUUUUUUUAUUCCCUCCGAAAACAUCUUCUUUUAUUCCCUUUGAAAACUUAUUCUUUUAUUCCCUCCGAAAACUUAUUCUUUUAUUCCCUCCGAAAACAUAUUCUUUUAUUCCUCCGAAAACAUAUUCUUUUAUUCCCUCCGAAAACAUAUUCUUUUAUUCCUCUUUUUUAUUCCUCUAAAAACUUAUUCUUUUAUUCCCUCCAGAAAACAUAUUCUUUUAUUCCCUCCGAAAACAUAUUCUUUUAUUCCCUCCGAAAACAUAUUCUUUUAUUCCCUCUGAAAACUUAUUCUUUUAUUCCCUCCAGAAAACAUAUUCUUUUAUUCCCUCCGAAAACUCAUUCUUUUAUUCCCUCCGAAAACAUAUUCUUUUAUUCCCUCCGAAAACAUAUUCUUUUAUUCCCUCUGAAAACAUAUUCUUUUAUUCCCUCCAAAAAUUUAUUCUUUUAUUCCCUCCGAAAACAUAUUCUUUUAUUCCCUCCGAAAACAUAUUCUUUUAUUCCCUCCGAAAACUUAUUCUUUUAUUCCCUGUUUUUUUUUCUGAGCCAAAGUGUUCCGCUACCUUUUUAA